UUACCUAUCUACUGCUUUUCUCGUUGACGCGCGAACGGAUGGGAUGCUUUCGUAAACUUGUUGUCUGCAUCAGCUGGAAACACGUGUGCAGCUGACUGUGUGUUGUCGUAUUCGCCAGCCACGAUGUCCAGCAGUUUCCUAAGUAUCGCUGUGUCAGUGACUUGCAUCAAGUUGCUGUUCAUAACUGCCUACCGAUCCACGGACUUCGAGGUACACCGAAACUGGUUGGCAAUCACUCACUCCCUGCCAUCAUCGAAAUGGUACUUCGAGAACACAUCCGAAUGGACGCUGGAUUACCCACCAUUGUUCGCCUGGUUUGAAUACGUGUUGUCCCUGGCCGCCCGACUCGUGGAUCCCAGGAUGCUAGAAAUAGCUAACCUCAGUUAUGCCAGCUCUGCAACCAUCUACUUUCAAAGGCUCACUGUUAUCGUAUCCGACCUGUUUCUUAUUUACGCCGUUUGGGUAUGGCGAGGGCUCAUUUCGCCUAAAAAGGGAGACCGCUCUUCGAAGCAUGAUGACCCCUGGCUGGACAAGACCACUGUGGUCUCAAUGUUGUUUCUUUGGAACCCUGGACUGCUGCUCGUUGAUCAUGUACACUUCCAGUACAAUGGUUUCCUUCAUGGAAUCCUCCUGCUUGCUACAGCCCGCCUCUUUCAGGGGCGCUGUGUUGAAGCCACAUUGUGGUUCACCAUUCUGCUUAAUCUGAAGCACAUCUAUUUGUAUGUAGCUCCAGUAUUUUUCGUGUACCUCUUGAGAAACUACUGUUUUGCACAGUCCCAUGGAAAAGCUCCUCAAUCUUUGCUUUGGAGGUUUCAACCCAUCCAUUUCUUAAGGUUGGCUGGAACAGUGCUGCUGGUUUUUGCCGUUUCACUGUGGCCAUUCUUGAGCAAGGCUCAGCUGAUGCAGAUGCUUCAGAGGCUGUUCCCCUUCAAAAGAGGUCUCUGCCAUGCCUACUGGGCUCCCAACUGGUGGGCACUCUAUGCUGCUGCAGAUAGAGUGCUGGCAUUUGCAGGUCUUGGGUCUGGCAAGUCUGCAGCGGUGACCAUUGCAUCGCCGACAUCUGGGUUGGUGCAGGAUACCAACUUCACGCUGCUACCCAAUGUGCCACCGCUCUGCACAUUCAUACUGACAGCACUCUUCCAACUGCCUACUCUGUGGGGCCUGUGGAAGAGACCGCAGGAGCCUUGGUUGCUGGUCCGUGCUCUGGUUCUAUGCAGCCUCAGCGCCUUUAUGUUUGGCUGGCACGUCCAUGAGAAGGCCAUACUAAUGCCUGUGCUGCUGGCCACGCCACUAGCCCUGUGCAGUUCUGCUGAUGCAGCUGUGUACGUCAUCCUCUCGGCAGCUGGCCAUGCCUCUCUCUUCCCCCUGCUUUUCCGCUCAGCUGAGAUGCCUGCAAAAGUCCUUCUGGUGCUGCUUCAUGCGGUUUACGCCAUGUGCACACUUGGCAAACUGCACAGCAGCAAGGUCAACCUGAAACGGCGAUAUACUUCAUCUGAACAAGUUGCGAGGCGCACUGGGAUGCUGCUGUCUUGGUUCGAGCAAGCUGGCCUCUGUCUCUUGGGCCUAGCAGUGGUUGUGUACGGGGAGCUGCUGCAUCCUUUCACACCCCUUGCGGGCCGCAUGCCCUUCUUACCUCUCAUGGUGACUUCCGUGAGCUGUUCUGUCGCCAUCAUCUACGCGUGGGCUAAGUCGUGGCAGCUGUGGUUUCUGCAGCCUUCGCGAGACGUUUGACGAGUGAAGUACAGUUCCUGCAGUGAACAUUGACUGCCUCGAAGAGAUAUUGUAUGUUUGGUAAAGGCACAGCCGGCGAAGGUGAAUUAUACUAUACGUGGAAGAUGUGUCUUCAUUGAAAGGAUAAAAUCAUGUUUUUACAUUACUCUAGGCGAGGAAUCUGCAUGAUCAGUGAAACGUCAACAUUUGUUUAUUUUAUCCCUGUGUUUGGUGGGAAGUGCACAUAUAUUGUGGGGAAAAAAAGGGGGGGGGGGAAGUCUCAUCUCAUAAACAAAGGGGCCUUCUUACUAAGCAUCUGGCCUUAUGCCUGUAUGCAUGCUUUUGCACUACGUCUGUUCUCCUUAUCAAACUGUGUGUGGUCUGGUUUCCAUGCCACCCAUCGCAAUGAAACCUGAGUGUGGAAAGGUUUUGCACAAAUCGCAAUACUUUUUGAAACUUUUACAUACUGUUAUCUUUUGACAAGGCAUGGCUGUUUCGUUAUGGCCUUCCUCAGUAACCGCUCAGACCUUGGUUGCUACUUGCCACCCGGCCUGAUCGUUGUGUGGACUGUCUCACGACUGCAUCCAGUUAUAAAAUCAUCACACUGCCAAGGGGUCAAAAAUCCAAAAGAGCACCCUUACGUUUUAGACCUGUUCAUAAGCUACACCCCUAAAUCUACAAAGUAAAAAGUGCCAACAUUUUGCGAAGAAAGCAACAACCUAGCUUUGCCAUGUGGAAGUCGGAGCCACAAUUGUAAGUCAACGUGUCUUUUAUUUGCACGUGUUGCAUAUUUUAAUCCACGUGUGGCCAUGUGGUACAGAGUUUCACUUCUUAAAAAGAAAAUUUAUCUUUUGUAAAAAUAAAUAUUAGAAUAAAAGAAAUAAGAGAGACUGCGUUUAUUUGGGCAACAGCCAAACACUGUUUUUUGCAAAAUCUUAUAAAUGGCAAGGCUGUGCAGUAAUUGAACUGCUCAUCCUACCCAUCGCCAUUUAUCAGGCUGCAGCAGACAACCUUAAACAGUCCUUACCGCUGCAGUGUGGGUAAUUAGACAAAUAAUAUUGCUAUGGGCAUCACAAAUGCUUUAUUUCUGUACGAGCGUCAGGGUAGCAACAUAUGAUAUGUUGAAACUGAAGAGAAAGAGUCUGCAAUUGUUUUCGUUUUCUUGCAUGUACGUAUAUAACGACAUGAAGUGACCAAAGAAAGUCGUUAAUGUUACAUUGGCGCUAUCAUUGGUAACUGUGCAUUGAUAUAUGAAGUGUUCUAGUUGGCCUUUUCAGCCACAGUGCACCAUGUUGCUGAUACUAGUACUUUUGUUGUGCAUUGGUUAUCUAGAAGUGAGAUACUGAUGAUAUGAAGAAUUCCUUAUUUUUCAAAGCACAGUUAAACCUCGAUAUAACCAAGCUGUGUCAAUAUUAAUGAAGAUUUCAUGUGCACUCCGUCAGUAAUGCUGAAAGUGUUGGCCGAGGGGAGCAAACGCUUUCUAUGCUUUUCACUUAAACGCGUCUCUGAAAUGCAUGAUUACGCGACCUCCAGCACUAAAUGUGCAAAAAUACGGUGCACACAAAGCCAUGGCCCUCUCAGGUCACCCAAACUUGGCACUUGCCACAGAUUACAGCUAAAAUAGGGUGCACAGGUCACGUAUGCAUUCACUUGUACUGUAUAGCCGUGGCCAGGCUAUAGGAGAAUGCGUGCACGCUUUCAUUUACCCCCCAUUUACACCUCUUCCAAGUGCUAGCUUGAUCACGUGACAACGUACUUGACCCCUAUCCCCUACUCUUGAUCGCGUGGAGAGGUGACACGCAUCAAGCCGCCAUACUUCUCACCAUACCCUCGCAUGCUCUCCCUUGCACCUACUGCAUAUGAAGCAGGGGGCACGAUGGGAUCUUAUCACACUUCGACAUUAAAUAGAACAUGAGAUUGAGAGGGUCUUGAUGCUAUGCCACUGUGCUUCUGCGGCCAUGCUCAGCUGUGCGGCAUGCAAUUCGGGAAGUGGGUUUGCAAGCAGCCGCAUGUAAUUAUACCAUUUGACCAUCUGUGUCCGCAGCAGCUUCCAUUUAUUGCCUCAGUCUUCCUUUGCGGCAGCAAUGAAGUUUUGUUAUAUGGAAAUUGUGUCUAAACACACUUCAUUCAAGAUGCGUGGUGUUCUACAGACAAGAAGUCGUAAAAAGUUAAAUGCUUCAUUAUGCUGAGUUUGUUAUAGUAUUGAAGUUCAUUACAUCGUAGUUUAACUAUGUAUCUCACCUUCUGUAUGCACACCCUAUCUUAUAAAAUGUUAACGCCAAAUGGUCGUUGCUGGCAAUAGCCAUCUGCUGGCCUUUAUGGUUUUUACUAUGCUCCAACUUAGUCUUUGCAUAUUUUUUGCCUUUAUUAAGGCACUUACAAUUAUGGGCUGGGAGUUUUUGGUAACCUUGCAUUUUAAAACAAUGCAACAUGUCAGCAUUGCCCUGUGUACGUGGAGUGCUUGAAGUCUCCAUUGUCAGUGAAAUGCUGGCACUAGGAAACUCCUUUAUGUGCACAAUAAAUUAAAAUUCUCAGAAAUGAAUGAAA